UUCUUCCUUCUUCUUCUUCUUCUCCUUCUCCUUCUCCUUCUCCUUCUCUUCGAAAAUUCUGUGUCAGUUUCGCCAUGGAAAGAGCUCGGUACUGUUAAUCUCGCACGAACACAAAUAACCCACCAAGGAUUCGCUAGAAUUUGUUCUCUCACGAUGCCAUCUCGCUCCAUUUCCCCGUCUCCUUCUCCUUCUUCAGUACACACCCAUCACCAUCCUCUGUCCAGUCAUCUUCUUCCCCCAAUCGUUGCCGCUUCCACUGCCGCUUUCUCUCUAUUCCUCUUUUUCAUUGUUCUCUUCCGUAAAAUUACCCGGAAACGCACUGCCCCUGCUGAUUCCAAACCGCCCCAUCGAUUCUCCUACUCCCUUCUCCGUCGUGCCACCGAAUCUUUCUCCCCUUCUCGCCGUCUCGGCCAAGGCGGCUUUGGGUCUGUUUAUCGUGGCAUUCUUCCGCAAACCCACAAGGAAAUUGCGGUCAAACUUAUGGAUUCUGGGUCUCUACAAGGCGAAAGGGAAUUUCAGAACGAGCUGUUCUUUGCCUCCAAGAUUGACUCGUCUUUUGUCGUUAGCGUUCUUGGGUUUUGCUCUGAUCAGAAGCGGCGGAGGAUGCUGUUAGUUUAUGAGCUUUUGCAUAAUGGGAAUUUGCAGGAUGCUUUGUUGCAUAGGAAGUGCCCGGAGCUUAUGGAGUGGAAGAAACGAUUUUCAGUUGCGGUUGAUAUCGCCAAGGGAUUAGAUCAUCUUCAUGGGUUAGAUCCACCAGUUAUCCAUGGUGAUAUCAAGCCUAGCAAUGUGCUUUUGGAUCAUUGUUUCUCGGCUAAAAUUGGGGAUUUUGGGCUUGCUAGGUUGAAAUUGGAGAAUAGUCAAUUUGAAGUUGAGGUGAAGAAGGUGAAUGGUGGUGUGGAGGAGGAGAAGAAGGAAAAGAAGGGGGAGCAUGAGAGCAAUCGUGGUUGUAUAAUUGAAGAUUGUGGAUCUGUGGCCGAGGAAGCUGAGAGUGUUACUACUGGAUUCGAUGAAUUCAACGUGGGGGUUGAUCAGUCACCUGAGAGCUUUUUGAGAAUUCCCGUUUCAGAGACUUCACCAGAGACGGUGGAGGUUGCCACAACUUCACCUGAGACUGCUUUGGCGGCUGCAGCGAUGGCAUCCCCAUCGGAAGUGGCUUUUGACAGAGCUAGUGUUGAGAAUGGGAAAGAGCCGAGCAGUGUGGAGAAGAAAAGUAGUUUUGGGUUUAAGAAUAGUAUAUCAGGUAAAGAUUGGUGGUGGAAGCAGGAAAAUGGAGUUGGUACCAGUGGGAAUGUCAAGGAAUAUGUUAUGGAGUGGAUUGGAUCAGAGAUCAAGCCUGAGAGACCGAAAAGCGAAUGGAUUGCAGCCUCAUCGAGUGGCAGAACUGUAAAGAAAUCAGAGAAAAAGAAGAACAAGAAGCGAUUAGAAUGGUGGAUGUCUAUGGAUGAUGAGAAGAAUACCAAGAAUCUGAAGAAAGAGAAGAGAAGGCCAGUGAGGGAGUGGUGGAAGGAGGAGUAUUGUGAAGAGCUUGCAAAGAAAAGGAAGAAAAAGAAGCCUCAAAAGGGCGCAGGUAGCUGUGAUGAGAAAGAGGGUUACAUGUGGCCAGGGGAUGAUGAAAUGUACAGAGAGAAGAAGAGAAGAACCAGAAGCAGAAGCCAUGGAAGCCGAGGCAGCAUCGAUUGGUGGUUAGAUGGACUUAGCGGGGAACUCUGGCGAGCUCGUGGGAACAGCCAUGAUUCAACCGGAGGGGAUAUUCCCAAAAGUGGUGGCAUUAGUAGUACUCCAAGUAUGAGAGGAACAAUGUGUUACAUUGCCCCUGAAUACGGCGGUGGCGGAGAUCUCUCCGAGAAAUCUGAUGUUUAUAGCUAUGGAGUUCUAUUAUUAGUUCUUAUAGCUGGAAGAAGACCCCUUCAGGUGACAAAUUCACCACUCUCAGAAUUCCAGCGUGCCAAUCUCUUAUCGUGGGCUCGUCAUCUCGCUCGAGCUGGAAAACUCAUUGACUUGGUCGAUCAGUCGAUUCAGUCCUUGGAUAAAGAACAAGCCCUUCUUUGCAUCAAGGUUGCCCUGCUUUGUUUGCAGAAACUGCCUGCCCGCAGGCCCUCCAUGAAAGAGGUUGUGGGCAUGCUAACAGGUGCAUUGGAGCCACCUCAACUACCAACAGAACUGUCUCCUUCACCUCCAUCUCGCUUCCCAGUGAAGUUGCAUAGGAAGGCUCGGUAAAGUUAGGGUGUGACUGAGACACGACAUUCAGCUUUCGACGAAUCUUACGCCUCACCAUCGGGUGCCCGUAGAGCAUGGAACAGACAUACAGAUUCCACUCUCUGCUCAUUGCUCAUCUAUUCUUUCAUUGUCUCUUUUGUUGUAUGAAGAUCAUGGCUGGAUUGUGUUCACUGUUCCAUUCAUUUUAAUUCUCCUGUUAUGAAAUUUAGUUCAGUGGUUUCAACCUCAAAUCCAAAGACCUCGAAGUUGGGCUGGACUGCCUUGGGCCCCCAAGUCAAGCAAACUGGCCCCUCUCCUUUCCCGCUACCUAUUUUAAUUGCCAAAAU